CUGAAAAUUAAAUAACUGGCUGGAUCUUGCAAAAUAGCGAGGUCGGCAUGGCACUUGAGAUUUCCCCUACUGGUGUGGCAUAUUCAGCACCGGCAGAUGCCAUGUGCGCUGCUCUCUCGCCCUCGCCACCAGUGUCUGAUACGUCAUCCCCAGCUCGUUCUGUUACAGUUCACCUUUAUUUCGAUCCUAUAGACAGCAAGCUAGUUUUACCGAUUCCUAUCAAGCACUUCCCAUGCAUCCAGUCAUAUAGAACGGCGUUUAUAUCGCACUUCUCUUCGAUAUAUCACCCCAACAUUUCGCAGAAUUCAGCCUUGUUAUGUUUGGCUUUCAUUGAGUUUCUUCUUGCCCAGCAAGGUCUUUCCAGGUAUUCACUGGCAGCUGUAUUGCGAGCUUUUGAGGCCGAAUUCUUGCACGGCGAUAACGAGAUACAUUGCCUCAUCGCGGAGUUGACUACGGUCGCUAGCGAACGGCAGAAGUGGUUAAGGAUCUAUUACGAUGCUGUUGAGGCUAGUGGUGAUCUAACAUGUACAGCCUCGCGCAGCCUUUCCAGGGGCAGCGCUUUAUUAGACCAUGUGCAGGCUAGUGGGUUUCGCCUAACGGCUGUAUUUGGUGGUCAAGGUGAGGCGAGUCGGACAUGUGUGCAGGAUUUGGCAGACCUAUACGCCGCAUAUAGGCCUCUACUGCAGACUUUCAUUGAGCAGACUGCUACUUUACUUUCUGAACUUUCUAGGCUUCCAGAUUCCUGGUUCAGUCGCCGUGGACAGUCACUGGACUUAAUGACGUGGAUCAGCGACGUAUCUACUAUCCCAGAUUGUGAAUACAUAUCCCAGGGUCCAAUCAGUGUUCCUGUUAUUGGGCUGCUGAGCCUGGCACGAUAUACAGUGACAUGCCGGGUUCUGCGCAUGGACCCAGGGCAGCUACGUGCGAUGCUUUCUGCAACUACCGGGCACUCGCAAGGUUUAUUGAUAUCCGCAGUCAUAUCCGUGUCUGACACCUGGGAUACAUUCUAUACAAACUCUCAUCUUGCAGUUGAAGCUUUGUUUUGGCUUGGUUUGGAAUGUCACCAAAAUGCGCCCAAUGGCUGGUCUCGGGUCACCGCGUCCGCUCUAUAUGAAACAAGCACCGCGCCAUCAUAUAUGCUUAGUGUGCGAGGUGUUUCUAGGGACCAGCUAGGGUGUAUACUAAAUCGCUUGAAUGAAACGUUACCGCGAGAUGAGAAUGUGCAACUAGCCUUGGUUAAUGGGCAUGACCAUUUUGUGGUGGCAGGGCCAAUUGCAUCCUUGGUGCAUAUGGAUAGUCAGCUCCAGAGCAUAAAAGGAGGCCCCGACACGGAUAAUAGCCGUGUCCCCUUCAGCAGCCGCAAGCCGGCUAUUCAACAUGGAUUUUUACCAAUCAGUGCACCAUUUCAUACCGAAUACCUUGCGAAAGCUGUCAGAGCCUUGAAGUCGCGGUUCCCAAGACAAUACUUCGCGAAAGAGCAACUGAAAAUUCCCGUCUACCACACGUCCACUGGAGAGGAUUUGCGGAAGGGUUAUGAGAAUAUACUGCAUGCCAUUUUCAAUGCCAUUGCUCGGGAGAAUUGUGAUUGGCCCGCAGCUUUAUCUGGAGAAGAAUGUAUGUCACCAUCGCACAUCAUCGUUUUUGAUCGCGGUGGACUUGGACCGAUGGUUCAGAAAAUUGUGGAAGGGAAGGGCGUCCGCGUUAUUCAAGGUGGCGAUCUCGAGUCUCGUGACUCUGAUAUAGGUACCAUGCGAGAUCUAUUCUCUCCGCGCCUGCUCGACUCGUCUUUGAGGCCUCUUAGCUGGGCUCAACAGUUUCGACCGCGUCUGACCGCAGGAUCCAUACAGACGCGAAUUUCUAGCCUUUUAGGUACCCCUCCGGUGGUUGUAGCUGGUAUGACACCCACUACUGUUCACUGGGACUUGGUUUCGGCCAUAAUGAAUGCUGGAUAUCAUGCAGAACUUGCCGGGGGUGGCUACAGGGACAGCUCUGACAUGACUACCGCAAUCAACGACCUUGUUGCUCAUAUCCCCGCCGGUCGCGGUAUUACCUGCAACAUUAUAUAUGCUAAGCCCCAAGCCAUGCGGUGGCAGAUUGCAUUAAUACGUCGACUGUCUCAUAAUCGCGUGCCUAUCGAUGGUAUAACAAUUGGAGCUGGCGUUCCCUCCAUGGAGAUAGCAUCGGAGUAUAUCCGGACUCUAGGGCUGCGCCAUAUUAGCUUCAAGCCAGGAUCGUUGUCAAGCAUUCGACGAGUGAUCGACAUUGCCAGGGCACAUCCCGACUUUCCAAUCAUACUGCAAUGGACAGGUGGGCGUGGCGGAGGCCAUCACUCUUUCGAGGACUUCCACGCUCCGAUACUCAGUACUUACGCGACUAUUCGACAGCAGCAUAAUAUGUAUCUAGUAGCUGGAAGUGGGUUUGGUGAUAGUGAAAGUAUAUAUCCUUACAUAACUGGGCAAUGGUCACUACCAUUGGGUUAUCCACGCAUGCCUUUUGAUGGUGUGCUACUGGGAAGUCGUUUGAUGGUAGCUCGAGAAGCACAUACCUCAUCUUCUGUCAAGGACAUUAUCUUCAGGACACCAGGUGUUCCUGACUGCGACUGGGAGAAAACGUACUCUGGACCUGCUGGUGGAAUUAUCACGGUACAGUCAGAAAUGGGCGAGCCCAUCCACAAGAUUGCAACCAAAGGUGUGAGGUUAUGGGCAGAUAUGGAUCAAACUGUCUUCAGUCUGCCUCGGAAAGACCGCAUCGCGUACCUGGAAAAGCAUCGGACUUCGAUAAUACAGCGCUUGAAUGAUGAAUUUGCCAAGCCGUGGUUUGGCCGCAACAGUUUAGGUGACAUAGUGGACCUGGACGACAUGACUUACACUGAAGUUUUGCGUCGUAUGGUGGAGUUGAUGUAUGUCAAUCACCAGAAACGGUGGAUUGACCCAUCAUAUGUUGACUUUACUAUGGCCAUGGCCACUCGAGCAUUAGAGCGCCUAAUUCGUGUUGCUACCCUCGAGUCAGACCUCACACGGUCGGUUCUAUCCGACACUCCUAUGCAGUUCCUCGACGCCUUCACCGUUGCGUGUCCUAGUGCUUCCAACGAGAUCAUGAAUCCAGAGGAUGUUUCUUUCUUCUUGAUGAGGAGCAAAAUUCCAAACCAGAAGCCAGUCAACUUCAUACCUGCUUUGAAUGAUGACUUUGAGUUCUAUUUCAAGAAAGAUUCACUUUGGCAGGCAGAGGAUAUUGAUGCUGUUGUCGACCAGGAUGCUGAGCGAGUUUGCAUCCUACAGGGCCCGGUGGCAGCUCAAUACUCCGUUCGGCAGGACGAGUCGGCAAAAGAAAUUUUGGACAAUAUAAUGAGUGGCCUUGUUGAACCUUCGGAGAUUACGGAUGACCGUUCCCUUUCAGUGGGUGUCGUCAUUACCAAGGACGAAAACUUACCACCGUGGCUACAGGCCAUUUUCAAGGACAAUCUCAUCUUUCGAAAUCGACGUCGCCAAAAGAAUCCAUUUCAACAGUUCAUCGCACUGUACCCGGACACAAAGGUUCGAUACAAUGCUGAGCGUUCAGAGGCGUGUGUGACUGUUCAAGAUCCGUGCGGAGCUACUUCUCUCAUGAAAGUGUCAUGUCUCGAUGGCCUCGAGAUCAGAGUAGAUCUCUACCCUCCUCAAGUCUCUGAUCCACUCCAGUUGGUGUACCGGUAUGAUCCCAACGGCAUCCCGAUCUCGCUUACUGAGAUCACCUCGAAGCGAAAUGCACGUGUGAGGUCUUUUUAUAGUAGUCUUUGGAUGCAGAAGGCCGAUAUUGGCAUUCAGGAGACUUACCACGGUCGGGAAAUGAUUCUCACACGCGAACUGCUGGAUGAUUUGAUUGCCGCGGUGGGUCCGGCAUUUCCGGAUUCCCGGCUCAUCAAAACAAACUCGGAUAUCCUGCCAAUCAGCGCUGGGAUAGUCAUUGCGUGGGACGUUAUCACCAAACCUUUGUUAACUGGAGAGAUUGAUGGUGAUUUGCUAUUUCUGGUUCACCGUUCUAAUAUAAUUGAUUACUGCGCCGGUGCAGAUACAUUACGUGUUGGCGAAGGUGUCAGCUGUCGGUCGCGGGUGCAAGCUGUGUAUGUGGAGGAUGCAGGCAAGGUGGUUGUUAUUGAAGCCCAAAUUAUUCGAUCGGGAAAAGCGGUCAUGAAGAUCACAUCUACGUUUCUGUAUCGAGGUUCAUUCCGCUCGGAGUCGACAUUCAGACGGGAACAAACGCAAUGGGCACUCCAUAUCAGGUCAACCCUGGAAGAAACGGUCCUGCGGCGUCGCCCGUGGUUUCAGCUGGACGAUACUGCCACAACUCUUGUAGGCAGAGAUCUUGUCUUCAGUAUAGAGACUCAUGAAGUGGACAAGAAAAGUGGUUUCAAGAGCCUUCGUGUGACCGGAACCGCUUGCUUGGAUGAUGGUGGUGUUCCGGGUCAGGAGGUCGGAUUUGUUGACUUCGAAUGCGCUCAUUGUGUUGGAAAUCCAGUGCUGCAAUUUCUAGAGCGCAGAGGGGGUCCAGUGAGCAGGCAGACAAUGCUACACAACCCAGGGUGGACUGGUCCCUCAUCCAUCGACAUCCAAAUGCCGGUCAGUAAUCAAGCAUACGCUGAGGUAUCCACGGACUUCAAUCCGAUACAUCUGUCGACCGUUUUUGCCUCCCUGGCAGAUCUUCCGGGCACAAUAUGUCACGGAAUGAGUACCUCGGCAGUUGCAGUAGCAGCAUUGGAACACCUAGCUCUCGGGGGUGAUCGUUCGCGUCUUCGACAGUUUGCAGCGAAGUUUACUGGAAUGGUUAUGCCACUCGAAAAGCUGGUCGUCCAAAUACAGCAUAUGGGGAUGAUCGAUGGGCGCAUGCAAUUGACAGUUGAUGUUGUCCGGAAAGACAGCCAAGAAAAGGUGUUAGAAGCAGAAGCCGUUAUAGACCAGCCUGCGACUGCUUAUCUCUUCACCGGUCAAGGCAGCCAGAGCAAGGAAAUGGGCAUGGACCUGUAUCAGUCAAGUCCGGUGGCCAAAGCUUUGUGGGACGAAAUUGAUGCGCAGUUGUUUGCGUCGUAUGGAUGGUCUAUUUUGGACAUUGUUAAGAAUAAUCCAAAGUCGGUAACCGUCCACUUCGGGGGCAAGCGAGGCCGCCAAAUCCGACAGAAUUAUCUCGCCGUCACUACGGAGACGGUGCUCGCCGAUGGCUCCCAUGCUGAGACUCCUGUUCUACAGGGACUCAGUCCAUGUUCGACCUCUUACACAUUUACUGAUCCACGGGGACUAUUAUACUCUACCCAGUUCGCCCAACCGGCGAUUUUGCUAUUUGAGGCAGCGGCAGUAGCCGACCUCCGUAGCAGGGGCUACAUAUCACCAGAUGCAACGUAUGCGGGUCAUUCGUUGGGAGAAUUCGGGGCGUUGUCCGCUCUGUCCAAUUCAAUUCCCAUGGGAGCUCUGGCAGAGUUGGCGUUUUACCGGGGACUCAUGAUGCAGGCGUCUGUGGCAGGGGACAACGGGAACGCGUACGGAAUGGUGGCGGUCAAUCCUAAGCGUGUUGGACGAUUCUUUGAUGAAGCAGGUUUGAGUAGGCUGGUGCAAAGGAUUGGUCUGGCUAGUGAGGAGCUUCUCGAGGUAGUCAACUAUAAUAUUGACGGUGAGCAAUAUGUGUGUUCAGGGACGGUGACCAAUCUUUGCGUGCUUGGGCGGAUGCUGGACUACAUCUCUCAGUCCGAUGGGUUGGAGUUACAACAUGACAGUGUGAUCCAUCAGCUACUUUCUGAGGCAAGAGAACUAUCGCCGCCGAUACGGCUUCGACGAGGGCAGGCCACGAUUCCUCUAGAAGGCAUCGACGUGCCCUUCCACUCCAGUCACCUGCGCUCCACUGUGGAUCGGUUCCGGCAAUGCUUGCUCCGACCGGGGUUUCUGGAGGGAAAGGUGGAUCUGGAAGCACUGCGACGGUAUAUACCGAAUGUAAUGGCUCGACCAUUUUCAGUGGAUGAGGAGUAUAUUCGGGAAGCAUACGAGCGGACACACAGUCCCGUCCUAGGGGAGAUCUUAGGAAUGGGUGUGUAAAUAGAAACCCUAGAAUCCCAUCACUGCAUAGGCUAGCUAGUUCCACAAACACCAACGAUACUGUCUUUCC